AUGGCUGAAGGAAGAGAGAACUGGGCUGUAGACGAAUUACUAAAAGCUGAGGAGGAAGCUAAUAAUAUUAUAAAGAUAGCUUAAAAGGAAAGAGAGAAAAAAAUCAAAGAAGCUAAAGUGGCAGCUGAUUAGGAAAUUGCUGUAUUCCGAAGAGAGGAAGAAACCAAAUAUAAUCAAGAAAUACUUAGACGUUUUGGAUCAACCAAGGAGGAAGAAGAAUUAGAAAGAAAAACAAAGGCAGAAAUUGAUAAGAUAUAUUAAGAUUAUGAAGCUAAUAAAUUGGCAGUUGUGGAUAUGUUAAUUAAAAGGGUAAUUGAAGUGAAAUUGGAAGUUCCAAGAGUCGUAAAGGGAUAAUUUGAAUAACCAUAACAAAAUUAAUGAGAUAAGAUGAUGAAUUCAUAUAAUUAUAAAUAAUGAGUGGU